CCUGUUCAAAAGCUUCCUAAAUUUCAUGGGCGCCCACUGCUUGCUAUCUACUAGUCUUCCAUUUGUUCACCAUCAUGGCGGAGCUUCAAGAGAGCUGAUUCUUACAAUGUCUACUGUCAUUUGAGCACUGACGCUCUGAAAGGGAAGUUUGCUGAAUGGGACGGCGUCUUCCCUAUCAAUGCUGGCGGGGGCAUAAUUUAUCGGAGCAGCUAUCAACAGUCUUGUUUCAUUCUUCUCUCACUAAUUGCGCACAGCAAACGGGCUGUACAACAGGCGGACGAGCCACCAGACAGUGCAGAGUCAGCGUUAAGGAGGGUGACAGUUUAGAGCCAAGCCCGAUUUCACCCUUGAUUUGAAACCAUGUCUUUGACAGAUGUGGAGGUGACUGCCGAGGUUUGGAUGACCUGUGUCACCCAUGCCUUGUCGACAGAGAAGGAGGAGAUCAUGGGCCUUCUGCUCGGCGAUGUUCUGGUAUACGGAGAUGGCCGGGCCACUGCACGCGUCUUCUCGGCAGCGCCGCAGACCCGCUCCGACCGGCGCAAGGACCGCGUGGAGACCAACCCAGAGCAGCUGGCGGCUGCAGCGGCAGAAGCAGAGAGACUCUCAGUUCUCUCCGGCAGGGAAACCAGGGUGAUUGGGUGGUACCACUCGCACCCCCACAUCACGGUGUUCCCAUCACAUGUUGAUGUGGCAACGCAGGGCAUGUACCAGAUGCUGGACCAGGGAUUCAUUGGGCUCAUCUUCUCGUGCUUCAGCGAGGAUGCCAGCAAGGUCGGGCGCAUCCAGGUGACUGCGUUCCAGUCAGCUCCCGCCAACCGCCGCUCUCCCACCCCUGUCCCUGUCCGCCCAGCAUACUCUCGCAGCCCUUCCCCCCUGCCCUAUGCUCGGGGGCCCACUUCUGGGGCUUCAGACUUCCCCCCUCUCGCUGGAGAUUCUCCAGCCCGCAAGGCAUCCCCAGCGCCUGCGGCCCCUGCUGCUAGCGACUCGUCCAUAGAAGAGAUUCUUCCAAGUGAUGCGAGGAUGCCGUCGAGGAUCAAGGGGGGAGGCCCUUCUGAUGCAGAAGAGCAGGACCCAUCAAGUUCGCGCCGGCCGCCCCGUCCCCCAUCUUUGGAGGUCGACCCCGGGCUGCCCCCCUCUGGUGGCCGCAGCACGCGCAACAGCCCGUCUCCUUACUACCCGGGGGAAAGCCAACAGAAGGGCUGGUCGUACGCACAGGCGGCGGGCCCGAGGAGGGAGUCGUCACAGGACAGCAUGGCGUCAGCGAUGGAGGAAGCAGCGGCGCGGUCCAUGGAGGAUAGCAGGGGUGCCAGCUUCGUGCACAAGGAGGUCCCUCUGCGUGUCAUCUCGGGGCUUGACGUCGUGGGUGCGUCCCCCGAGCUGCUCCUAGACCCGCUGGUCAGCCUGCAGCGGAUCCUGUUUGCCGAGGAGAAGGCGGCCUAUCGCCAGGCCAUCGCGCAGAGCUCCGAGGACGGGAAGAUGCACCCCAUUGCGGCGAUUCACCACUCGGCGACGUAUCAGGCGUCGCUGUGCAAGCUCAUGGAGUACUGCUUGAGCCCAGUCCUGACGGCCCUAUGGGAGCGGCAGCACCAGUGCCAGUUGCAGCUGGCGUUCCUACAACAAGAGGAGCGGGAUCUCCGAGAGGCGGCCGCCGCGGUUGCGGCAGCUGCAGAUGCGUCGCCCCCAAAGCUGCAGCGCCCGUCUAGCGUGCGCACUCGGCCAGGGGAACCGGGCGUGACACCACGGGUAUCGAAUCCAAAGUCGGAAGCGCCGAUAGAACCGCUGAGCGGAGCAGGCCUCAGUUGGACAGGGAAAACGUUGGAGGAACUGAGAGGCUUGGAAGUUGGCACGGAAUCGAACUCAAAGCCACCGGAAGGGCGAAACGCGGCAUCGACAAGGGUCGAUCCUGCAGGCGAAGCGGUGAUAGAGAGAACACGCGAAGCGCGAGCGAGGGGGGGUGGUGGAGUCGUCGAAGGGCAGGAGAAAGAAAAGCCGCUGAUUCAGUGGGACUGAUGAUGUCUGGAGUAUGCUGGGAGUCUCCUCGUUCAUCAGUGUACAUGUGCAGAUGCACAGAUCGAAGUGUUUAAUUGAAGCCUGGCCGCCAAUGUGCUCGCA